AUCCUCUUUUUACUUGAUAUCUACCAUAUCCAACCAAUUACACAACCCGGCAGUUCAGCGGAAACAGCUUUAGACUACUUUGAUGAAACGGGGAGGGGGAAAAAAAACACAAAAGUUAUUGACAUCCUCUUUGGAUCCAGCUAAAAUCACGACCUCAGGAGAGAGUUUAGGAAGAAAAGUGCGACACGGGCUUUUGUUUUUUUCUUGACUGAGAAUGUGGCGAACUUGUGGUUGGAGGAAAGAGUAGAUUACAGCUCACUGAGCGGUCAAGUUGGAGCGACUUUAAUGGCGAGAACUAGCUGAAAUCUCGUCAGCUGCUACAGGAACAGAGGGCGAGCAGAAGCAGAAGCAGCAGCAGCAGCAUCAGAGCCGCCGCCAUACAUUUUAGGACUACCUGCUUACUACAAACAGCGGAGAGAGGAUGCUGUCUCGGCUGAGUGAACUGAUAUGGGCGGACUGGAUUUGGUUUCCCGAAGGCCACGGCUGGGCUGACUUGACGGAUCACGAUGGCAAAGUGUUCCCUAAACCUCAGGACCUCUGGGCUACUAUACCCAUCGCUUUCUGCUUCCUCAUCAUCAGGCAGAUAUUUGAGCAGACUGUCGCGAUUCCUCUGGCCUCUCUUCUGGGAGUGAGUGACAAGCAGCGUGUUCGUGCUCCUCCAAAUCCAGUCCUGGAGUCCUAUUUCUGCAGCACAUCAAAGCAUCCCAAACAGAGCUCCAUUGAGAGUUUAAGCAAACAGACAGGGUGUUCAGUGCGACAGGUCCAGAGGUGGUUCAGGCGCCGGAGGAACCAGGACCGACCCAGCAAGCUCAAAAAAUUUAGGGAAGCAAGUUGGAGAUUUACCUUUUACCUUCUUGCUUUCUUUGCUGGCCUGGCAGUCCUAAUUGAUAAACCAUGGUUCUACGAUGUGAAGCUGAUAUGGGAGAACUUCCCAAAAAUGCCGCUGCUGCCUUCACAGUACUGGUACUACAUGAUCGAACUAGGCUUCUACAUCUCACUGAUUUUCAGCGUAGCAUCAGAUGUCAAGCGAAAAGAUUUCAAAGAACAGAUAAUUCACCAUGUGGCCACCAUCGCCCUCAUCAGUUUUUCUUGGUUGGUCAACUACAUCCGGGCAGGGACUUUGAUCAUGUUGGUUCACGAUGCCGCUGACUAUUUAAUGGAGUCUGCCAAGAUGUUCAACUAUGCAGGCUGGAGGAGGACCUGCAACUUCAUCUUCACCAUGUUUGCUGCAGUUUUCAUUGUCACCCGCCUCAUAAUCCUCCCCUUCUGGAUCAUACAUACGACGUUUGUGUACCCGCUGACUCUCUACACCCCCUUCUUCGGCUUCUACUUCUUCAACGGGUUGAUGUGUGUGCUGCAGGUCCUGCACAUCUUCUGGGCGGUGCUCAUCCUGCGCAUGGUUGUCAAAUUCCUGCCGGGCAAUGACAUCGUCGAGGAUGAGAGGAGCGAUAAGGAGGAAACUGAGUCAGACGAUGAAGACGGCGAUUGCGAGCGUAGGGAAAAGUCUAGAAACGGGCAUGUGCAGAACGGCCACACUGUCCUCAACAACAACCACAACGUCCCACGAUCUCUGAAAGCCCGUCGAUGACUCAGCUGCCUGUGGCUCCUUCUGAAAAGCUUUGCUUCUACUCAGUUGUUUUUAUUCUGCAUUAUGUGCUGCUGAGAUGUAAAAUUCAUAAUGACCAGAAUGAUAAAGAUAAACAUGGAUAACAA